CUGCUGCUGCUGUACUCACUCAGCUCCGUCCUCCGAUGUAACGGCUGUGAGUAUGAACAAUCUCUCUCUUUUGUUUGUCUAUUUGUUUGUUUUCGUUUUUUACUUAAAAUGUUUAUUGUUUAAAAUGCUUUAAGACAUUAGCGAAUGUGUUUGUUUUAUCUAAAAACUUAAUGAAUUAUGUCCAACCUUUAAUAUAGUUCAUGAUCUGUUUUUCCUGUCAAUUUUCAUAAUAAGCAUAAUAAGAAACAACCUGAUAAGAUGAAAGAAACCCAGUUUAAAGUGUUUUGUGUAUAAAAUCAGGCAAAAAACAGGCAAAUUGUGCUUUAAAUGAAGAUAUCUACUUUAUGUUCAUAUUUUCUUUUCUUCCUUGAAGCAGUAAACCUUUGACCUUUAAUCCCAGCAGGAGGAUUAAGCAGAUUUUCUCAUCAUUAAUCCGUUUCUCAUCUCCAUCUUUCCACCUUUAUCCCUUUGUCCUGUCGUUCUUCCUCCUCUUCUUCUCUGUUUAAUUUCCUGUCUUGUUGCUGUGACGUCAUACGCAACAGGCAGACGUAAUCAGUGAUAAAUGAUAAUCGAUUCUGUGGCUCGGGGAAGUCAAAGAAUCGCGUCAUUUUACGUCAUGUCCCGCUGUCUGACGCUCCUUAUCCUCCUCCUUUUGAGCCAUUCAUCAUCCCUCCAGGGGGUGGCGCUGUGGCGCCGGGGGAACCGAGUGUCUUCCAUCAAUGCCUGCCAGCAGAAGGAGGCGCCGGACGGAGGACUGAUGGUUCGCUGCAGCGGACUCCGACUGACCCAGAUUCCUGCCGGUCUGUCCAACCACACAACCCGCCUGUUUCUGAAUAAGAACCGGCUCAGCUCUCUGCCGCCGUUCUGCUUCUCGGACCUUUUCCUGCUGGAUGAACUCGACCUCUCCCACAACCAGCUCUCCUCUCUUGAACCCGGGUGUUUCUCCGGCCUGGCGUCGUCUCUCCGGUUCCUGGACCUCUCCUCCAACCGGCUCACCACGUUGGACCCGGCAGUUCUGGGUGGACUGCAGGUCCAAGCCAACCUGAGCCAGAACCCGUGGCACUGUGACUGCAGCAUGCAGGUGUCCAUAGCUCAGCUGGACAUGGACAAUUCCUCUCUGGAGAAAGUCAUCUGUCAGACAUCAGACCUUCCGAACCUCGGAGCUACUGGGCUUCCACUGGUCUUACUGGUGCAGGACUGGGAUCUGUGUCAGUCCGUGAGGAGAACCACCGACUUCCUGACGUUGAUCACUAUGUUCCUCUGGUUCAUCAUGCUCCUUUCCUACCUGAUCCACUACAUCCGUCAUAAUAAGGUGGUAGCCCGACGACACAUGGAGUACCUGAAGUUCCUGGAGAGCCGGGACCCGUUCAGACCCCGAUGACCCCGGAUGACCCCAAGAACGCUCAGCAAACCACCUCAAAGGAAACUAAAGCUGCAGUUUGUAACUUUCAAUAGAAUAUUUGUUAAAACUGUCACCAUGACUUGACUGUUUGUUAUGAGGCAGAUAAUUUGUGAAAAGACCCAUGUCUAUUGACUUCGGAAGAAAUGAACCGCUCCCGUCCAAAAACAACCAAUCAGAGCGAAGAGGAGGGUCUUAGCGCUGUCAAUCAGCCUCAUGUGCUUACAGAGAAGAAAAAACUUACUGCUACAAGAAAACCGUUUAUUCGUUGUCAUGUGUGGCCAUGCUAACUAGCUUUAGUAUUCACGCUAGCAGAGAGCAAAGGGGAAAAGUUGAGAGGUGAUUGACAUCACUAAGACCCGCCUCCUGGCUCUGAUUGGUUGCUUCUAGUUAGCACUAGGAGAAGCGAGAAGAGCUCUAAUUUUUUCACAGAUUAUCUCUCAUAUACAGUCACAACUUAACGACAGUUUCAACAAAUAUGUAAAAAAAGAUUUAUAAAAGUUACAUACUGCAGCUUGAAGCCUGAUUCAAAAUGAUUGUUUCUGAUCCAAAAGCUACGUUCACACAGCAGGCAAAUGCUAUAUCCGCAUUUUUCACGACUGUCUGAACGGUUUAAUUCUGAUCUUUUCACAGAAAAAACUAUCAGACAUCAGAUGCGUUCCACUUUCAGCAGUUUUCCGUUCACACAGAAGUUUGAUUGCGAUCUCAUUUAAUUAGUAGCGUGAACGACCACGCAAAAAAAAAAAAAGGAUUUUAGGAAAAAUAAAAUAAUUGAAAAUGAGCAUCAAGACCCGCUGUGGGAAUGUAGCCAAGUACAAUCAAGCCAUGACUCCUGCAGAACCUUUCAGAACCAUAAAACUACGGGUCAAAGGUCAAAGGUCAAAGACUUACCAGUAGUUAAUCCCUAGAAGUUCUGAUUAUUGGAUGUUUUUAAAGAACUCCCACAGAACCAGAUGGACUUUUCCAAGGAUGUUAAUGACGAUGACAACAAACCUACAACUGUGAAAGUUUUUCCUUGCACACAUCAUCCUUUCAGAGCUCAACCUGUGAACUGUAUACGUGCUGUUUCCAUGGUAACUGCCUCCCACCUCAGGGUUCACAGCCUCCUGACUCUGUCUGCAGCUGUUCACCUAAUUUAUGUGCUAAAAAUGUCAAAUAAAUCCUGUGAAGUCA